GUCACAUCAUCCAAUUGCAUCGCUACUUUUUCAUUUUCAUUUUCAUUUUCCUCACAGUUUUUCAGAACAACCUUUCCCAAUCCAUCCACUUAGUUACUAUCAUUGCAUUGAACCAUUGAAGAACAUAAAAUUUCCCUGCAAAAUUUUCUGCCUAAAAGAGAAACCCGUUUGAAAUCAGAGACAAAAAGUGAAGAUUUUUUAUUUUACAAAAGUGGGAAUCUUGGAUUCUGUAAUGGCGAGGAAUCAAGAAAAAUGGAGGGCUUAUAGGCCAUUGUAUAUAGUUGUAUUUAACUUUUUGUUGGCUUCAGUAAUUGUUUCUGCUGAAAGGAGCUUAAAGCUGGAAGCUUUAUCAAAUAAUGCAAAUGGGAUUUCAAAUCCUGAUUCUGAACCAGAUGAGUCUACAAAUUUGAUGAAUUUCUUAUGGCAAGCCAAUAAAUCUGGUUACAAGCAUGUUUGGCCGGAUCUGAAGGUCAGUUGGCAAAUUAUCGUUGGUAGCAUAAUUGGAUUCUUUGGAGCUGCCUUUGGGAGUGUAGGUGGUGUUGGCGGUGGUGGUAUAUUUGUUCCUAUGCUUAGACUGAUUAUCGGAUUUGAUCCAAAAUCAUCAACUGCUAUCUCAAAAUGUAUGAUCAUGGGAGCAUCGUUUUCAACCGUUUACUACAAUCUUAAGCUCAGGCAUCCUACACUUGACAUGCCCAUAAUUGACUAUGAUUUGGCUGUUCUAAUCCAACCAAUGCUUAUGCUUGGCAUUAGUAUUGGAGUGACUUUCAAUGUGAUAUUUGCUGAUUGGAUGGUUACUGUUCUUCUAAUCAUUCUCUUUAUAGGUACAUCGACCAAGGCGUUUUCCAGAGGUAUUGAAACAUGGAAGAAAGAAACCAUCGUGAAAACGGAGGCUGUGAGGCUAUUGGAAAGAAAUGGCAAUGUUAUAAAUGAAGCUGAAUAUGAGCUUCUUCCUGGUUGCCCCUCCAUUGGCAUGAGAACAGAAGCCAAAUACUUGGUCGAACCAGAGGUCUUUCAUGAACAUGUUUGUUGGAAGGAAGUUGGGCUUCUCCUUUUUGUUUGGGUCGCAUUUCUUGCUCUUCAGAUCAUCAAGAUUUAUACAGCCACAUGUUCAGCAGGAUACUGGGUUGUGAACUUGCUCCAGAUCCCGGUCACUCUUGGCGUAUCUGGUCAUGAAGCGAUUGGCCUGUACAACGGAUCGAGAAAAAUUGCAUCCAAGGGAGAUGCCGGAACCAACUUUAAAGUGCACCAACUGGUCACCUAUUGCUUCUUUGGGGUACUGGCUGGUAUGGUCGGGGGCCUUCUCGGUCUAGGCGGUGGAUUUAUCAUGGGUCCACUAUUUUUGGAGUUAGGUGUACCUCCUCAGGUUUCGAGUGCCACGGCCACCUUCGCGAUGAUGUUUUCCUCGUCAAUGUCAGUGGUAGAGUAUUACAUUCUAAAACGAUUUCCGGUUCCUUAUGCUCUUUACUUUUUUACGGUUGCGACUGUUGCUGCAUUUGCUGGGCAACUCUUUGUAAGAAAGUUCAUCAUUAUGGUGGGAAGGGCUUCGAUAAUAAUCUUCAUUCUAGCUUCCACAAUAUUUGUUAGUGCCAUCUCUCUAGGUGGAGUUGGCAUUUCAAACAUGAUUGGAAAGAUAGAGCGGAAUGAGUACAUGGGAUUCGAGAACCUCUGCAAGUAUGCCUAGAACAUUGCUCUUCGUUGAUCAAAGGUGAUAAUUGAUAUGCCGAAGUCAUUCUCCUCGGGUUGCAAGAACCGUUCUCAAGAUUCAUCUAGUUCUUGGCUCGUCGUAGUAUAUGAGCUAGAAAAGAGUCAAAGACCUUUUAAGUCUAUGUUCCUUCUUAAUGAAAAUUGAUUGAAAAAUCAUAAGCAUCAUGAUCUGUGAUUUCCUGCAAGUGUGUGGGAUCGCGAACAAGUGAUAAGGUAGUAAGGUAUCGUUCCCGGGAUGAUUGUGUACUUAACUAAUGACCAAUUUGUUUCAACCUUAAUUGAAUGGUAAAUAUUUGUUGAAGAAUU